UCAGCAUGCAUUCUCAUCUGGCCGUCCUCUUGGGCUCUCUCAACCUUGCCCUUGCACAAACUGCCCCGCCCGAUGCCCCAGUGCUCAAUACACCAUCGUCUGUUGUCCAAUGUUUGCCAACACUCUUGACCUUCCAUGGCGGUACUCCUCCCUACACGCUCACGGCAAUCCCCGCUGGUCAAGUCGGCGCACUCCCGCUAGCCGAUCUGGGCCCCCAAACCGGUGAGAGCUACACUUGGGUCACCAACUUGGCUGCCGGUACCGCUACCACCCUCCAGAUCCGUGACUCCAAAGGGAACAUCAACUACUCGCAGGCUGUCACCGUCCAGCCCAGCAGUGAUAGCAGUUGUUUGAAGUCUGGCAACAGCCCAUCCCCAACCACUCCCCCCUCAGGUUCACCCACCCCGCCAUCCACUGCUCCCCCCACGGUUUCAUCCGGAACUGCGAGUGCAAACCCCCCAAGCAAGGGUGGAAACAACACCGCCAGCACCCCCAGUGCUCAGCCCAACAAUACCACUCCUGCGACGAUGCCCAAUGGCACCAGCUCUGCCGGCAGCUCUACCAAUUCGAGCAAGGGCCCCUCGCCCUUCGUGCCCCCUUCCUCUACUACCACCCCCUCCACCAGCACUCCCGUCAACAACAACGCCAACACUCCUGCCAACAACGCUCCCGGUAGUGCCGCCUCGUCCGUCUCUGCUGUCAGCCAACAAGCCUUCUUCGCUGGGCUUGCCGUCGCUGCCUCAGUCCUGGCAGUCUUUGCUUAAGCAGACCUCACCUCCUGCUUCUUUAUCUCUUCUCCAUCUCUUUAUUAUUAUCAAUCAUGUGUCCCCUUAGCCAGCUCGAAGAUAGAUGCUCCUCACUUUGCAUCCCACAUCUUCAUACCUAGCCGAUGUUCGCCAUUUCUAACAUCUUAUAUCAAUUGCAACCUCUUCACCGCUCUUACAAUCUUUCAGUCUCUCUCCUGUGAUGCUUUAUUUUUUGUACCGAGACUGAUUGUACAACACUCGUCUCGCUCGGCUACACUUUCCCCAUCACCUGUUUUUUCUGCUUGAUCUCUCUUCUGAUGAUCUUCUUCAUAGUUGUUUAGUUUUUUCUUUUCUUUACGUCUCUUCCCACGUUGAUGAUCUGUUUUUCUUUUUCAUGCAUUUUAAAUUGGAUCAGUUGUUCGCUUGAUGAUCCAAUGUCGGGACCUCAAAACCGGUGACCCAUUGGAUGCCUCAUCGGCCAUGAGGAUCUCAUGAAGCAUUCGC